AUGGAGAGAAAUUUACUGGAAAGUAUCCUCGAUCUAGAGGAAGACUUCUACCAAGAAGGAUACAACCUCGGCGCAUCGGAUGGGGCAAAAACUGGUUAUAUCGAAGGCAGUGUGUUUGCUGUCGAGAAAGGGUUUGAGAAAUUCCUUGAGCUUGGCAGACUCUAUGGAAAAGCUCUCGUCUGGGCUCAGCGGUUGGCAGAUUUGAACUUGGAAGACAAGGACGGCGAUUCUUCCAUUACCCCUCAACUAGUCAGUGGGGGGGAGCAAAUCUCUUUAAAGCCAUCUAUUUGUAACGAGAUGUCAAGAUUUCCACCCAGUUUAAGACUAGCCAAGAAUAUCGACACGCUUCUCGAGCUAGUCGACCCCGCGUCUCUACCAAUGCAUAACACGGAGGAGGCUGUUACUGAUGUGGAUGAACGCCUGAAAGGUGCCAUGAUCAAGGCAAAACUCAUCCAGCGUGCCUUGGGCGAACGUGAGGAUACCUCGGAUAUUCAUCCCGACGCGAAAGAUCCUCAGAUUUCGGGCGAUGGGACGGGCAACAUUGAAGAUAUCAGUUCACUGACCACUCGCCACUGA